AUGUCUUCAUCAAGUGCCUCACUUUCUCCACCUAUUUUCAAUGGCGAACAUUACCAAGCAUGGGCCGUGAAGAUGAAGGCCUACUUACGGGGUCUGGGUAUUUGGCAAUUUGUGGAGACGGACCGUGCCGUUCCACCUCCUGUAGCCAAUCCAACUAUAAAUCAAAUUCGCCAAUGUGAGAAGGAGGAGUCAAAGGCACCUCGAGCUCUUUCACACAUUCAUGUAGCCGUGUCCGACAUAAUCUUUACACGGAUCAUAAACUGCGACUCUCCUAAAGAAGCAUGGGACAGAUUGAAAGAACUUUAUGCCGGAAACGAGAAAACCAAGAGGAUGCAAAUUCUAAAUUUGAAGAGGGAAUUUGAAGUACAACGAAUGCAGGAAGCCGAGACAAUUAAAGAAUACGCUGAUAGGUUGAUGGAAAUUGUCAACAAAUUGCGGCUGUUAAGGGAGAACCUUGAGGAUUCGAGAGUUGUAGAAAAAGUCUUGAUUAGUCUUCCGGAAAGAUUUGAAUCCAAAAUCUCUUCUCUUGAAGAUUCGAGGAAUAUCUCCGAAAUUUCUCUUGCUGAAUUAAUUAAUGCCCUUCAAGCUCAAGAGCUUCGAAGGACAUUACGAGGACGAGACACAUUAGAAUGA